CUCUGUCUCAAUUCGAUUCUCUACCUUUCUUCUCUCUUGGUUCGAAGCGUGUGAUAUACAUUUCAAAAUUAAUCGCACAGUUUCAAUAACAACUUUGAACGAGCUCUACUUCAUAAAGAGCAAUAUGAGACGAGGUAGCUUGAUAAGUUAUAAAGUUAUCUGGAUCCGCUGCAUAUGGCCGGGUCAGCGUGGGUCACUAUGUCGCAACGAUUAAAUAUGCAUCGAUCAUUGGGCACGCUGCUCGCUCAACCUCUUCGUCAACGUGCAAUAUCGGAGGGAUCUUAGGGUCACAUUGAUGAGCGCGCGUAAAAUCGCCUCGAGCUGGAUGCAAACGUCGGCUAUGCCGCGUUGAUCCUCGUAAAUGUUGCCCUCGCGUGCAAUUCCAAUAAUGCGUUUCGGAAGUAACGUCACUCACUCGCUCGACAAUCGACGCGCGAAUAAAGCGGCCGAGCGCGCAUCGCGCGAGGCGAUAUUCCGACGGCAAGCAAUCCGGAACGCCGGGGAUCGCUCUCCUCGGCGAUAGUCGCAGCGAGGAACCUGAAAACAGGCCCGCCGUGAGAGCCGGUCGACCGAGCGGAGGGCAUCCACCGGUGCAUCCGCGCGCGUAGGAGGCUGUCGGCCCGGCCACACGUACUCGCGCCUAUGGUGAGCGGCGGCGGCGGUGGCGGCGGCGAUGGCGGCGGCGGUGGCGGUGGGACGACGAGCGGCAUCGCGAACUGCGCAGCGCGCAGUGUCGACCGGUCGCGGCGAGCGAGCGGACGUACGCGCGCCCGACGAGUCGUCCUCCGCAGGUGCGUCGUCGCGCUGCCCAGCCGAGCCGUGGAUCGCUGCACGUGCGCGCACGGACGCGCGACCGGCUCCUCGGCUCCCGCGGCCCCCCGUGGUCGCUCGGCUCGCCGGGCGCGCGCGAACGGCGCGACGCAGUUGCCAGCUCCGACCGGCUGCGGUCGGCGGCCCAGCGAGCGCGCCCGGGUGGCGCACGGCGAGGGCGCAGCCAGCGGGAUGUCCACGCUGCGGAUGGCGCUGCUGCUGGCGGGCGGCGCCGCGGCCGGCCUGGCCGCGCUCUGCGACUCCCGGACCUGGCACCCGCAGCACCUGUGGGGCGCGUCGCGCGACUUCUGGCAGGCGCAGUGGGACAAGGUCGUGUGGGCGCUCGGCGACGACCCGCUGACCUACUGGGUCUACGGCACGACCAGCCUGACGUUCGCGGUGUACUGGACGGUGGGCGGACUCUACACGCUGAUGGACCUGACGGGCCGGCCGCGCGCGCUGCGCCGCUACAAGAUCCAGCCGGGCGCCAACGAGCCGCCGAGCCGGCGCGAGCUCGCGCGCGUGCUGGCCCAGGUGCUGUUCAACCAACUGGCGGUGGGCCUGCCGCUGGCGCGGCUGGCCUGGCCACUGAUGCGCUGGCGCGGCCCGCCGGCGCUGCGCCCGCUGCCCAGCCUGCACGCCUGCCUGGCCCAGCUGGCCUUCCACGUGCUCUGCGAGGAGGUGGGCUUCUACUACUCGCACCGGCUGCUGCACUGGCGCGGCCUCUACGCGCGCAUCCACAAGCUGCACCACCAGUGGACGGCGCCCGUGGCCGUCACGGCCAUCUACUGCCACCCGUUGGAGCACGUGGCCUCCAACCUGCUGCCGCCCUUCCUGGGCGUCUUCCUGCUCGGCUCGCACGUCGCCACCGCCUGGCUCUGGUUCUGCCUGGCCAUCCUGUCCACCCUCAACGCGCACUGCGGCUACCACCUGCCGCUCUUCCCCUCACCCGAGGCCCACGACUUCCACCACCGCAAGUUCAACCAGUGCUUCGGCGUGCUGGGCGUGCUCGACCGGCUGCACGGCACCGACAGCCUCUUCCGCCGGUCCGCGGCCUACCGGCGCCACGUCAUGCUGCUCAGUCUGCUGCCGGCGCGCCAGCUCGUGCCCGACGACGGGCCCACGGAGCCGCACUGCGCCGUCGCCAACACCAUCCGCCGGCACUCCAGGAGCCUGUCCUCCUGCCUGCUGUCCCAGUGAGCUGCGCCAGCCGACCGAGCCGACCGGCUGCCCCCGAGCGACGGCCGCGCGCGAUCCCCGCUCUGCCGAUCCCCUGCGCCGCCUUCGCCCGUCCACGUCCGCGUCGACCGCGCCCUCUCGCCUUCGCGGCAGUUCGUUCGCGCGCGAUUUCGUACCGAUUGCCGCGCUUUUGCAAGAGAACCAACCGGUUCGUGAGAAACGGGAUAAACGGAAAUGCCGCAAAGUCGACAUUCGGUUGAUUUCUUCGCGACCGCAUUCUUACUCGUGCCGAUCUCAAACUCACGCGUAGCUUCGAGAACCAUUUCGACGUCACGAACGAGACACCGACUUUUUUUUUCUUUCUUUUUCGACAAACCUUCUCGCAGCGGCGGUCACUGGCAAUAUUUGAUUCACCACGAAUUAUAAUAAAACAAACAAAACUUUUCUCUUUAAUAAAGGAUUUUAUAUAUUCUUCA